AUGUCCCACCCAUCCAAACGCACAGCCCAAGGCCAAACCCCCAACCCCGAAGACUGGGACGAUCUCCCCUUCUCAGAAACCGGCGAAUUCGACGAAGACUCCCAGGAUCCCAGCUCCCACUGUCCCAUCUGCUACGAAACCUACAGCGAGCAGCACAUCCAGGUACCCGUCGGCUCCUGCUGCCACACGCUCUGCCAACAAUGCUACACCAAGAUGAUGUCGCAACGGCUCAGCCGGCGCAACCCAGCUCAUCGCUGUCCCUGCUGCCGCGAGCCCAUGGGUCAGGCUACUGUGGAUUUCACGAGCGUGCACGACACGCUCGCGCGGUUCCGGCUGAAGAACAGACCGUAUAAGAAUACCGGGUUGAUGUUCGUCACGGACUUCGGAUGGGAGGCGUUGCAGAAUAAAACGAAGGUGCGGAUCCAGCAGUACCCCGGUGGUGUGACGGAGACGACGAUGACGCGGGAGGUAUCGAGGAAGACGUGGGCGACUGAUACGGUGCCGCCGAGGAGCGAGCAUAGUCUUAGUUGCACGAGAGAGCGGUUGGUGCCGUAUAAGAGGGAGCUGAAACAGAUGUUUGGGAUGGCGUUUAGUAGGUAUGUGGAGGAUGAGGGGAAUAAGACGCAUUAUGAGGCUGAUAUUGAUAUCUCGUCGUUUCUGUGGGGGCAGAAUGAGUGUGAGGAUCCGAAGGUUGUACAUACUACUAUUGCACGGUCUGUGGAGAAGAAGAGCGUUGUGACGAGUGGGGAGAGGAAUAAUUCGACUUGUCAAUCGUUAGUAUGGAUUACGAAAGUACGCGAGAGAUGCAAACCGGUAGAUCUCGAAAGGAUGAUCUUAGGACUCCAUACACUCCACUACUCCCUCACCGAACUACGAAUCCGAUAUCUGAUAUUCGUGCAGAUUCAAAUGACCAUCGCAGCAUGCUAUCCUGAGAUCCAAGAUCGCACUGAGCUGAUGAUGUACCUGAAUGUCAAGGGCGCAGAUGUUUCGAAGACGGGACUUACAUAUUGUCCUCGGCAGGUGUACGAUGAUGGGGUUUUUGGUAGGAAACGUUCGAUAGUGUAUCGGGAUAUCACCUGGGAGCUGAGGGAUCGGUUGAAGUUCAUGCCGGUGGAUUUGUAUCGGACGGCCGAUAAGUCGACGUCGAAGUGGUAUAAGCAGUUGGUUAUUAUGGAGAGGCAGACUGCGAGGUUCCUGCGGGAUCAUGAGAGUGAUACGUGA